AUGGCUGGUCACGACUUGGAUGUGCAGUAUCAGAUCAAAGGCAUCCAGAAAUAUUUGAAUGUUUGCACCCUGAUCGGCAGACGCAAUUGCGUCCUCGCCACAUAUGCAACCGUUGCGAGCAUCGUUCUGUUUUUCAAGUUGAAGUCAAAAAAGCCCAAGCAGAUUCAAGCUUCUUAAAGGAAACUUGAUGGUGAUGGGGACCGUCCAACAGCUCAACACUCGGAUGUGAAGAAAUUUGCGUUCCCAAAGUAACAGCUACUCAUCCUGCUGUGUAAUGCCCCAAUAAAGUAAGUUUU